AACCAAAACGUGGCACUUUAAAAUUGCGCGAAUUGUAUGCGCAAAGAUGUACCUCCCCAGUUAUAGAGAUAGUGACAUGAGUAAUUAUGCCGCUAAUGUGAUCAUUUGUGGUUUCUCUUUUGCGCUCCAGCGAAGGGGGAACCCUUUUUUUUUUUUUUUAACCUUCAUUUUUAAUGACCUGUUCGCAGGGGUUCCUUUUUAACAGCCCCUUUUAAUAGCUCCUUUUAAUGGCCCUUUUUUACAGCCCCUUUUAACGGCGCUUUUUUAUAGCCCCCUUUUAACCGCCCCUUUUUAAGAGCUCCCUUGGAGCGAUUCGCCCCAGCGCGCACCUUCGAAUGUGACCGCUUGGCAGACCUCAAAUGCGGGCAGUCCGAAUGUGCCCAUCUGCUGCCAACCACGGAGCAGCUUCCAGAGCAUCUGCUUCGGGGCAGUAGAUUCACUCAAAAGGGCAAGCGGAGAAGCGAAGAAGUGGCGGAAAAACAAAACAAUACUGACGCCAACGCAGACGGCAUGGCGGCGGACGAAGGGGCGCAGAACAAAAACGAGCAGGACCCAGCGGAGGAUGUAGACCAGUCGAGCUUGAAGAGAAAAGGCGAUGGGUUCCUCUUCAGAAACUUUAAGAGACUCAAGCAGAAGCUGCAGGGGGGUGAAGCCGAGGAGGGGGAGCCAGAUCAGCAGCCAGGAGAGCCGCAAAAGGAGCAACUAAGCGAGCCACAAAAUGAGCAGCCAGGGGAGCCGCAAAAAGAUCUGCCAGAGGAGCCACCCGAUCAGCAGGCCAACCUCUUCCACCGCGUGCACAUCGCAAACAACUUCAAGCACAACAAAAAGAGCAAAAAGAUUAUAGGCGAAGAUUACGAAAGCGACUCGGAGGAACCGGAAGGGGGGGGCAAAAGGGGAGGCGACGAACCGGCAGACAACAGCAGGAAGAAGGCCAAGGGUGUGAAUGACCACCAAGGAAAAGGCUCAGCGAAGAAGGCAGCCACCAAACAUGAGAGUGUAAAAAAUAAAGCAGAUUUAAAAGUUGCAAAUCAAAAUGGGAAUGAAAAAGAAAAUGGGAAGAGCAAAGAAAGGGAGUCAUCGAAUAACCUCUCUGUGGAGAAGGAAAUUAAAAGGCCCAAGAGGGGGUUGAAGGAGAAGGGAGGUGAAGAGGAAGGGGAGGAAGAGGUGCAUGAAGAAGAGGAGGACAGCGACGAAGAGGACGAUGAAGAGGUAGACGAAGAAGAGGAGGAAGAUGAUGAAGAUGAUGAUGAAGAUGAUGAUGAAGAGGUGGAUGAUGAGGAGGAAGACGAAAUGAAAGGAUUCAUCGUAGAUAGUGAAGAAGAGGAAGAGGAGGAGGAUGAAGAAGAAGAAGGAAAAAAGAAAAAAAAAAAAAAAAAAAAAAAAAAAAAUUAUGACUAUUUUGAAAAUAAAAGCUUAGACGAAGAAGAUUUAGAACUAAUCGCGGAAAACACAGGAAUGCAGGUAAUUAGGAACGAAAAAGAUACGAAACAUAGAAGGUUAAAAAAGAUUAAAGAUUUACAAGGGGGAGACCACGACGACGAUGAUGAUGAUGAUGACGAUCACUUCUAUGCCACUACUGCAAAGAGCGAUGACAAAAGUGAAAAUAAAAUCGACCGGCUAAGGGAUAAAGACUACUUCAUUGACGAUAGUGAAACGGCUCUGAAAAAGCAGAAGACGGACCCGAAAAAUAACUUGUUCAAUUAUGAAGAGAACCAGUCGGAAGCUGGCGAAAAUGAAAACGACGAAGAGGAGGAGGAGGAAGAGGAGGAAGGGUACCCAAUCUCGUCAGAUAAUAUUUACAAAACAGAUUCGUACAUCCAUGAAAUUAUUAGCCAAACGUUUGGAGACGUUAACGCCGUUCUGGACAUCAUCAACGUGUCUCCUGCGAAGAAGAAAAAAAAAUACGAUUACGAAAAUGAGGAGGAUGAGGAGGAGGAGGACUACGAGGACGACCACGAGGAUGAAGACCACGCAGAUGAAGACCACACGGAUGAAGACCACACAGAUGAAGAUCACACAGGGAGACACGGCGAAGGCCAUCGGGAUGGCCACCUCUUCUCCAGAGACAUCCUUCUGGACGAUGAGGAGGAGGAAGAAGGACCCAGGAGGAUUAAAAAGAAGAAGAAAAAAAAAGCGGUCAGCUUUUUCGAUCAAAUUAAUGAAGAUUUGAAUAAGAAGGGGUUGGAGGAGGACUCCGAUUACGAGGUCGACGUGGAUGAGGAGGGACAUGAGCGGUACGUCGCGGGGGAGGAGGAAGAGGACGACGAAGAGGAGGACGACGAAGAGGAAGACGACGAUGAUGAUGGCGACGAUGGCGAUGACGACGACGACGACGGUGUGGAUGACGAAGCGGAUGAAGACGACGAGAGUGAAGACGAGCUGGACGGCGACAGCGAUCACGAGCGUGACCGGGAACUCUACGAGCGGGAAUUCAAGCAGGUGUGCGACGAGGAGUAUGAAAAAUUUGAGGAAUACGAGGAGUACGACGACUUUGACGAGUUUGACGAUCUGCCCUACUACGAGGACGCCAUAAGCAAGAGCGACAGGCACGGCGAGGGGAAAGGCGAGAAGGCCAAAAAGAAGAAGAAGGUGUUAAGCAUCCUGGAUGGGGGCGCCGGGGGGGAGGACGAAGAGGAGAAAGAAGAGAAAGAAGCAGAGGAGGCAGAGGAGGACGCGAAAAACGAAACGGCCGUGGAAUCCACCCAAGUGGACCUCUUCGGAGAGGAGGACAUGGCCGAGUCGAAGGAGAAGUCGGGAAAAUCCCUAAAGGGGAAGAAAAAAUCCAAAAAGAAGAAGAAGAAGAAGAAAAAGAAAAAAAAAAAAAAAAAAAAAAAAAUAGAUAUAAUCUCCAACAAAUGGAAAAAAAUCGCAGAACCGGAUGAAACGCUAAACCAGCUACUAACCAAAAAGGAUAAGCUAAUCAGGUACGCAGACGUCCCGGAGAGAUUCUACUUCGUCUACAGGAAGAGGAAAGCCAAGCUGACGAAAAAGCUGCUCCUCAUAGAGUCCAAGUGGAUAGUACAAAAGUUGAAGGAGAAAUAUCCAAAUUAUUUCACCCCAAGAAAUAUGGAAAAAAUGAUCGAGCAAAAUUAUGACAAAACGUACAGCCACAUAAAAGUGCAGGAAUUUCUAAGUGAUAAUUUUUUAUUAAAAAAAUGUAUCCUCACCUUAACGUUAUUAAUAAAAUAUAAAAAUGAAAUUCCAUUUAUUUUCUUUCACAAAUUUUACCUAAUCUCUCCUCCAUUCAAUUUGAAUAUCCUUUGGGACAUAUUCGAGCUAGACAAACUGUGGUUCAAAACGUUUGCCAAAAUGAAUAAGCUCAGAAGUAGACUCAAAUUGUUAGGCACUUCUUAUAAGGUCCAUCCAGAUGUGUAUGACAUUUUAGAUAAGACCAAUGACUUGUACUAUGAGGACAUUAACAUUUAUUAUUUUUAUGUGAAGAAUGAUCUCUUCCGGGGGGUGAAGGUGGACGAAGGUACGCAGGGGGGACACUCCUCCAUUCUUUGCCUCAAAGACCAAGGGGACGAAAACGACCAUGUGGAGAGAGCCAAUAAUACAGCUCACACAAGUGAAGAUCCCUCCGCUGCCAACCCCGCGGAUGACCUCUUUGGAGACAAACUACUCGAGGAAAACAGCGCCAAGAAAAGCGGCGCGAAGAAGAAGGCGACGAAGAAAAACGCUGAGCCAAAGCUCUACAACGAAAAUAGCAUCCCAGGGCUGCUCUUCCUCCAGUAUGUAAAAAAAAACAAAUUUAACAUCUGGGAUGACUACCUCCUCACCACGGAACAGUUUUAUGAAAAUAUUGCCUACGUCUAUGAUAUGGUAAAGGAUGAAACCAUUUGGCCGGAAGAAGACUCGGAGGAUGAGGAGAAGCACCACCCGUAUGAUGACUACAAAUACGGGGAUGGCAAAAGUAAGAGGUACCCCAAAUAUGAAGGAGGCACACAUCAUGGGAGAGGCAAAGACAGGAGAGAGCACCUAACGACCUUCACGUAUAACUGCUCUAAGGUUAAACACAUGGUGACGAAUGUGCCCGAAAUUUAUGGCAACGAUGUGAAUGUGCAGAGUCAGAUGGAGGAGUGGUGCAAAUCAUUCUUCGCUCGAGAAGUGUCGAACAAUAAAGAGAUUUUCAAGACGCUCAUUUGUUACUAUGCCAAGCUGUUGGCCUCUCACCCGUGUGUUAAAUACAUUUUUAGGUUUUUCUUCCUCAAGUAUGCGUCCCUCACCACGGUCAGUACUAGCCAGGGCGAGAUGCACAUCGAUGUCAGCAGCCCGGACUACUUCUCCUUCCGUUUGUAUAGAUUCCCCGUGCAUCACCUGCUGUGCGGUGAGUAUAGGGGGGGGGGCGCCGCGAUCAGUUCGGAUGCCGCGAUCAGAUCGGACGCCGCGGUGAAAGCGGACGCCGCGCCCUACCGCGCCUCGCACGACCCCUGCUACGUGCACAACUACAAUGUGAACUUCUUCAACGCCCCGCUGGACGAAAGCGAAAUCAGCAUGGACAUGAAGAAGAGGGAGCUAGAGAACUUCUACGCCAAGCACAAGUACAAACACAUCUACUUGGAAAUUCUAAAAAAUAGGGAUAACAAGUUAGUGCACCUGAUUGUGCACCCCAUAUUGCCGCACGAAACGGUGCCCUGGAAAACGGAGGAUUUCGUGGAGAGGGAAAAAUGUAAGAAGAAAAAAAAAAAAAAAAAUGAUCGAAAUUUGAAAGCCUACUUCGAAAAGGAAAAAAGCAAACUAGCCAAAACGGAAGCGAUGGACAACGAAUGGAUCAACAAUGUGCUGAAGCAGUUGUCCUACGCCUAUUGCUAUAACGAUUUGGAAGAUACCAACCUCUUCGUGCAUGUGCAGAAAAAAAUCCUAAACAACUUCCUCUGCGUGGAGUUACUACCCCUGUUUAAAAAAAAUUUAGAAAAUUUGCUACUCGCUAGUGCGCAGAACUGGCUUAUGGUGUACAUUCACCAGUCCUUCUACCUCACCCUGAAUGUUAAGCCAAUUAAAAUUUACAAAAAUGGGGAGGAGGAGGAGAAGAGGGCCAAGCUGCGAAGUAGGAGAGGCAGCCGAGACGCAAUUACGGACCACCGAAACAGCAGAGAUGAUGAUAACUAUUCGUCGGAUUACAAAAGCAGAGACUCCUACUCCCGGUAUGACGAUCGGGAAAGCAGGCACCUGCGCCACGGAGGCAAGAAGAAGUACUACAGUGACGAAUCCUACAGCAGCAGUGACGACGGUGAUGAUGCGGGGAAAAGGUCCAGCCGCAUGCGGAAGGAGGAGAAAAAAAGCAAAAAGAGGGAAAGCAAAUGGGGGGAAAGUGACGACUUGGCCGCUUCAGAAGUGAAGGAGUCCCAAAAGGGAAACAAAAAGGGGAGCCCAAAAAUAACCCAAAAUGGAAGCACCAAUUGGGAUCUCAGUGCAGACCAAAGUGGAGACCUCAGCACGGAGCAAACAGCCAAACACAAGUCGGUUAAGCGGUCCAACAAAUCGGAGCUAUUCGACUCGUCACACUCCACUGAAAGUGAUGAGGAAUACAAAUUGGAGGAAGCAAUGAAGGAGAAAGAAAGUGGCUACAUGAAGAACCUCUCCUAUGAUGAUAACUACUCGGACAAGUCAGGAAAGAGCUACAUUUCGAGCAAGCCAGAUGAAGAAAAGAAAAAGCAAAAAAUUCUAAGAAGCAUAAAAAAGAACCAUAACGUGUACGAAGUGGUGUCAAUCAUUUGUGAACCCAUCAACUAUGGGAUCAGAAUCCACAUAAUGGCUUGCGACAUCUACGGUGAUAUUGUAGAAUACAUCUAUUUGGACAAUUUGUACCUUGAUAUUGCAAAAAAGGAGAAAAUGGCGGUCGAGCAGGAGAAAAUUGCCAAAGAUAUUGGCGUGUUUGGCAGCUUCCUGAAGAAGAUCAAACCCGAUGUGAUCGUCGUCGGCGUUAGGGACGUCUACUCCUACCUCGUCUACUCCUACGUGCUGGGCUUCGUCAGUGGGGGAAGUCACCUCGCUGGCGGUCACCUGUCGGGAAGUCAGCAUCUAUUGGGCCCCCCCGGCAAAUACGUGGUCAUCCCGGAAAACCUCUACAUCCCCAGCAUAGUGACGAACAGCCUGAAGUACAGCGCGGACCUGACGAGCAAGUACUCGAGGGAGGCGCUGCUCUGCCUGUCCCUGUGCCGCUUCGUGCAAAACCCACUCUGCGUGGUAAUAUCCCUUUUCGAGGAGGAAAACAAAAACAUGCUCAACAUCUGCCUGCACGAUUUGCAAAAAUAUGUCUGCAGCUACAAACUGGAGUCCCUCUUCCACAGAAUCAUCGUAGAUGUGGUGAACAAAACCGGGUGCGACAUCAACUUUUUGAAGAAGAAAAAAAAACACUUGGGAGUCAUGUUAAGUUACGUCGCCGGAUUGGGUUUGCGAAAAAGGGAAGAGUUAAUAAAACUUCUGCACAACAGGAAUUUGAGCACCAGGGAGGAUCUGCUCACCCUAUCGGCGAAUAAGAACCUCAUAGGGAAGUGCACCUAUCGCAACUGUUCCUCCUUCAUUCGAAUUAUUGGUCACGGGGAUGAGUACGUGGAGGCGUUAGACAAUACGAGGAUCCACCCCCUCAACUGCUACGACAUUAUACAUGACUUGUUCAAAAAUGUGAUAGACACGAAGAAAAAUAACUUCCUAAAAAGCACCUACGAUAUUGUCAACUACAUCAUUAACAAGAAGAAGCUCAUUCGAAAUAUGGAAAUCAAAGAAUAUUCUAGACGAUUCUAUGAAGAUAAAAAGAUCUACAUUUACCCCUACCUUAAGUUCAUUCAGACGGAGCUGAUGCAGCCGUAUAAGGACUACCGCUACAGCUACGAGAGGAAGAAGGAAGAAGAACUGUUCUACCUAAUAAUUAAUGAAAAGAAGGAAAACCUCACCAUAGGAUCUGAAGUUGUUUGCAAAAUGGAUUAUAUUAACAAAAAUAGUAGCUACAUUAAGAUUACCAUAUUGCCCUACAACAUCAGGGGGAUUAUCACCGACUCGAAGGAGUUUCUGCGGCAACUGAGGAGGUACUACGUCGAACGGAUGAACGUGAUUAACGCCAAUUUGGAAAGCAUCAACGCGUUGCAUAAGGGGCCCCACCCCUACGGCAGUGGAGGUGUCAGCGCUAGCGGCAGUGGAGGUGUCACCGGAAAUGGUGCCAACUUGAAGGACGCCGAAUAUAUCAACAACUCCGUGCUGGGCGAGCUGAUCAAGGGGAGGAUCGCCUCCAUCAGCUACAACCUGUAUAACCGCUUCGAAACCAACUUCCACGUCGUCGUGACGGAUGAGAACAUUAGGAAGGUUAAGAAGCAGACCUUCGUGGACAAUCUGAAGUCGCCACUCAGCCACGGAAACCUCUCCCCCCUGGUCGAGCUGGACGUGCACUACGACACCAGCACCUUCAUACAAAACCACUUUAGAAAACUAAACGAUAAUGAAGACUUCGAAGAUUUUGACGACGACGAUGGGGAGGACGAAGACCAAGCGGAGCAGCACCAACAGCAUUCGCACCAGCUGACGGAUGGACACAUGUCAAACCGCAGCAGCGGCCUCACCAACAGUAGGCAGCAAAAAAUGAAAAUGAAAAUUAAAAACAAAAAUAAAUACUACCAAAGCAAGAAACUUAUAAACCACCCCCAUUUCAAACUGUGGAACUUCCACGAAGUGCAUGCAUAUCUUAAGCAGACCAAUAUCCAAAUUGGAGAGUCUAUCAUCUACCCCUCCAACGAAUUGAACAAGCUAUAUUUACACAUAAAGACCUCAGAUGACCCUUUCAUUAUUGCCAAGUUUACCGUUUACGAGAAGAACGUCCAGCAUGCGACUAGCAGUGGAGGUGCCUCCCUUCAUAAACACCUCCAGGGGAUACAACAGGUGUACCUUAUAAAUAAUGAGCAGUUCCACUCCAUUGAUGAGAUCAUUUCCCUCUUUUGUGAAAAACUAAAAAAAAACCUAAUCGAAUUGUAUAACCAUCCCAAGUGUAAGAGAAGAAAAGAGAUCGACGAAAUUAGGAAAGAGCUCUCACAAGAAAGUUUAUUAAAACCGGAGCACAUCGUCUGGGCCCUCAUCCCGCCCAUUCCUCUACCGGUUAGGAAAAAUCCCAACGAAAGUGAUAAAAAUGCCAUGCAAGACUUUAACCCGUUGAGAUUUACCCUUAUGGUCAUCCCCCCACAUAAUCACCACCAACAGCUGUAUGCAAAUUAUAACAGCGACCAUCGGCCUAAGGACCUCAUCGUGCUACAGGACUCCAUCUACGUAGACCAUAAGUGCUUCAAACUGUGGACGAGGGUCGAGCGCAACUUUAAAAACCUCAUUAACUGGUGGAAGGAGAAGGGCUACUGGAAUAGGCAGAACGAGCGCCUGGAGUACAUGAACGAGAAGAAGAGGAAGAUGGAGGAGUACCGCCGCCUCCGCGCGGGCAGGGCCUAG